CUUCCCGUUCAUCAUCCAAACCCCCCCCCCCUCUCACCCUGUUUCCACGGACCGAUCUCCUGUCUCCGAUCUGUGCCUUUCCUUCGAUCGAGGUGUCGAUGGCGCGAGAGAGAGGGGCGGGAGGGGUUUCUUGAUUUCUUGAAAGGGGACCAUCCCCCAUUGUCUCGGAAUUAAGGAUCUUAUUGGGGGGAUCAAUGUGUUGUUUUUUCUUAUGUGCUCGAAUUCACCUAAAUAGUUGACUUUCAUUUUUACUAAAUCAGGACACAUUCAGUUUCCUGCUUAACAAGGGAGUACUAUUUGCUUUAAUGCAAGGCCAGAGGAAUUUUGUUCAACCCUUGCAUGAAUCCUUUGAACUUGACUGUGAGUCCAAUUCAAGCAGCUCUGGCAUGAAUCAGCAAGUCUUGUGGAAUAACAUGCUUUUUAAUCCAGUAGAGAUCCAGAGCAUGACAGAUUGUGCAGUAUCCUCUGAUGGUGUAAAUAUCCCAUGCUUAAACAUGGCUAAUCAGGAUGGCACUCAGUUGGGCAAUUGGAGUUUAGGUGGAUCCAGUUCUAGUCAACAUUCUCAAAUCCAGGGUGGCCAUGAAGAAAACAAACUGGAGCAUGAAUGGACACCACCGGCAACAGUUGCUUCUCGAGGUGGGCCUAGACUACAAGAAAAUCAUUUUGAAGCUUCCCAUGCGCUUUCUUUGGAAAAUGUCAACAUAAGUCAUAGUACAACUCAGACUGAUGGUAUCCAAACCUUUCCACAAAAUUAUUCCUGUUUCAACAAUAGACAUCAAAAUGUGGAACAUGUUGCUGUUCAAGUUGGUAUAGGCAAUGAGCUCUCAGAACCAAGGUUAUCUCAUCAUCCUUAUUUAUUGGGUUUUCUAGAUCCUGAAACUGUUCCAUCUUCAAUUGGUUUAUCCAAUCCUGGCGAAAGUUCUUCCGAGGGCGUUGGAUUUUUGAGAGAAGAUGAUGAGAGAGCAGAAAGUUCAUUUGAUGGACGACGCUUAUCCUGCAAGAGAAAGAAUAGUGAUGGUUUUCCUGGACAGUCUUCAGCAAGUGGAAAUGCGAGCUCUUCUCACCAAAGUGAAAACAGUUUACUGCAUUCUCGUAGUUAUAAUCCUAUGACUGGCCUCAAUAUUUCUAGCUCAUCUGGUUAUCCUUCUGUUGGACAUUCUAUCGAAGAGCAUACAGCAGGAUUUGGCACUUUUGUAGGAGGAAUGGCCUUCGACUGCUAUCCCUCUGCAAGUGCAGCAGGAAACGUAGAAAGUUUGCGUAGGAAUUACCGAUUGAGAAUUAACCGUGCACAGCCUCAUGAUGUCUCUUUACGUAAUUCUUGGUCAGCGAGUUCAGUUGGGCAAUCAGAUAUAUGGUCACCAAAUCAACCACCUUCUCGUUCCAUCUCAUUGAAUCACUUCCUCGAGCCUGCCUCACUACUUACAACUUCAAGUUCGGCAAGUCAAACUCAUAUACCUGUUGUACCUGCUCUACCCCAAAUUGUAAAUAGUUUUCCAUGGAAUAGAGCUUCCAGUUCAAGAAUUGGCAGUUCAUCAGGCCCUUUCAGUUCAGAGGACAGAUCGAUCACUGCAAGAGAGGGAAAUGACUUGAGGAAUAUGCCCGUGACCAGCAAUUUGGAUCUUGUUCCUGCAACAGAUGUAAGGAACAUGACACAAGGCCAAGCAAAUUGGAGCUUGAGCAGUGGAAGUAUAAGCAUGGUUCCAAGUUCACAAGCAGUUACAAACUCAGGACUCCAUCCAACAUUUGGAUCUUCUUGGGUACCUCAUCAAAAUCUUCCUACCCGAUAUCCACAACCUUUAGCGGAGGCUAUUCAUCCAGGCUUUUUUCCGCCCGGUAGUUCUGAUUCUGGAGGUCAGGGCACUAAUUUUGCCCUACAACAUUCUGCUCAUCCUUUGAGCUCACAGGAGGUGGCUCAGCAGAUCAGAACUAGAUUGCAUGGCCCACAUCCAACAUCACACAUCAGAUCAACAACACAUUUGUUAAGAAGGCGAAAUGAUGGUCUUUUCAGUGCUCCCUUACCUAUGAGGAGUUUGACAGCUGCAGGGGAAGAGAGAAGUAGAAUGUUAUCAGAGAUUCGUCAUGCAUUGGAGUCUUUGCGUCAUGGAGAUGGUCUUCGAUUUGAGGAUGUCUUUAUCCUUGAUCAGACUCUAAUAUUGGCGGGCAGCGAUUUGCAUGACAGGCACAGGGACAUGCGUCUUGACGUUGACAACAUGUCGUAUGAGGAACUCCUCGCCUUGGAAGAACGGAUAGGAAAUGUUUGUACUGGAUUGAGCGAGGAAACAAUUCUGAAGUCCCUGAAACAGCAGAAGCAUUCAUCGGCAGCCAUCAGAGCAUCCAUGGAACACAAGCCCUGCUGUAUCUGCCAGGAAGAAUAUGUUGAAGGUGAUGAUCUCGGCACCCUGGACUGCGGGCACGAUUUCCACUCUGUCUGCAUCAAGCAAUGGCUAAUGCACAAGAAUCUCUGUCCCAUCUGCAAAAACACUGCUCUAAUUACGUGAAGAGGCAUGCUGCACAUUUCACAACGAAAGCAAAUUUGAUCGAUAAGGAGGACCCUCCUUUAGCAACUUAUUCUCGUUGGAUUACUGUAUCUAUUGAAAUCGGAUGGUUAAUGUUUUCGUUUCCUGAGCUGUGGACCAUCAAAUUUUGCUGUUGGCUCAAAUUGGAGUCUGUUGACCGAACUGCUUUGCUAUUGUUGAAUAAUCAACACUUUCUGUUGUUCAAAAGCUGGUGAUUCGGACUAACUUUGGCUGGAUA